AAGGAGCAGGAAGGAGCAGUGUAGCGGCGGAGACUGUCAGUGGUGCAGGACCAGCACGCUGCCACCAGGGCCACCACCAGGGCCACCACCAGGGCCACCACCAGGGCCACCAUCACCAGGGCCACAAUGGCCUACUGACACACAAGGCGCCUCCACCCACCUCCACAAUGGCCAGCAGGGGCGGGGUGGUGGCUCUCAAGCCCUCACACAAAAAGCUGUCAUGGAUGAAUUCUGUGGCAGUGGGCCGAGCAGCCUACCAGCCAACUGAUGUGGAACACUGGGCCAACAUGGUGACACAUGGGCUGUUUGUACUGCCUGCCAUUUAUGGGGCAGUGAUGAUGGUCAUGGCUAGUCGCUCGGACAUGCAUCAGUUAGCUGCAACCAUUUAUGGCGUAGGGCUCGCAAGCCUCUUCAGUGUCUCAACUUUCUUCCAUAUAGUCUUCUAUCUUGGAUACUACAAGAAACUUAAGGAGGUUCUCCACCGCGGUGAUCGAGCAAUGAUUUACGUGUUCAUUGCAACAUCAUAUACACCCUGGCUGCUGCUCCGCCCACUACCUCAAGACUCUUGGACUUUUCAUCUCAGAUGGGGAAUAUGGGUUCUUGCUGUGCUGGGCAUCCUCUAUCAACAAAUUUUCCAUGAGAGGUUUAAGAUGUUGGAGACUGUGUUCUACCUCAUUAUUGGUAUCCUCCCAUCACUUGCUGUUAUGGAUAUGGAUGAUCACUCAGGACUGGAUGAACUAAAAUUGGGUGGUGCCAUAUAUGUCCUUGGUGUUAUCUUCUUCAAAUUGGAUGGAAGAAUUCCCCUUGCACAUGCAAUCUGGCAUUUAUUUGUGGUCCUCGCCGCAUUUAUCCAUUACUACGCUGUUCUCACAUACCUCAUCCUUGCACCGGAAACUAGUGCAGCCAUGCAUGACACUCGCUCCCUUGAGGAGUGCGAUGUCUCACUGGCCGAGUGUUCCACAGAGUAGGUGCUGUUAUUGGAUGGGAAAAGUCAUGUGAAUUAAUUCAUAUUUCAUGGCCAAGAUAUAAGUAUUGAUUCUCAGGUGAUGAUUAUAUAUUUUUUUUUACACAGUGAAUGUUAACUAUGCAUAUGCUGUAUGUCAAAAAUCUAUGAGAACAUUAGGUAAAUUACAUUUUCAUCAAAUUUGUUGAAAGUAUUUUUUAUAUUUUUUUUUUAUAAUAAAUCGGUUAUUAGGGAGAAAA